AUGUCAAAUUUAACUCAACCAAAGAGCCCAAUUGCUCCCGACAGUCCUUUGAGAGAACAGAGAGUACAUCGUAGACUUGUUGAGAGACUUACCGAUCGACUUGAAACGCCCAGCUUAGAUGAUCGUUCUUAUCGAGUUAUUAAGCUUCCCAAUCAGCUAGAGGUUCUACUCGUUCAUGAUGCUGAAACAGAUAAAGCAUCAGCAGCCAUGGACGUCAAUGUGGGGAAUUUCAGUGACCCUGAAGAUUUCCCUGGUAUGGCGCAUGCUGUAGAGCAUCUACUUUUCAUGGGAACCAAAAAGUACCCUGUUGAAAAUGCUUAUUCACAAUACCUCUCCUCACAUUCCGGAAGUUCCAAUGCAUAUACUGGUGCCACAUCUACAAAUUAUUACUUUGAAGUUGCUGCGAAAUCAGGGGAGGAUGGAGACUCAAAAGAUUCAACCCCUUCGCCUCUGUAUGGUGCUCUCGAUCGAUUUGCGCAAUUCUUCAUAGAUCCUCUUUUCCUCGACUCGACUCUGGACAGAGAAUUAAAGGCUGUGGAUUCGGAGAACAAGAAGAACUUACAGAGUGAUCAAUGGAGAUUACAUCAAUUGGAUAAAUCACUAUCAAAUCCAAAACAUCCUUACUGCCACUUCUCGACAGGAAAUUUGGAGGUUCUAAAAAUACAACCAGAAUCGCGGGGAAUCAAUGUGCGGGAAAAGUUUAUGGAAUUCCACGAGAAACAUUAUUCUGCGAAUCGCAUGAAGCUUGUCAUAUUGGGAAGAGAGCCAUUGGAUAAGUUGGAAUCAUGGGCGGCAGAUCUUUUCGCCGGUGUACGAAAUAAGGAUUUGCCACAAAAUCGAUGGGAGGAUGAACAGCCUUAUGGACCAGAUCAACUCUCGACACAAUAUUUUGCUAAACCAGUUAUGGAUUCUCGAACUUUGGACAUUUCCAUUCCAUUUAUCGAUGAAGAACUUCUUUUCGAAUCUCAACCAAGUCGAUAUUUGACACAUCUUAUUGGACAUGAAGGACCAGGUAGUAUUAUGGCUUAUAUUAAGUCUAAGGGGUGGGCAAAUGCUUUAAGUGCAGGUGUCUAUCCAAUAUGUCCUGGAACUCCUGGUUUGUUCAGUUGUCAAAUACGUCUGACAGAAGAAGGUCUCAAGAAUUACAAGGAAGUUGUCAAGGUUUUCUUCCAGUAUAUUGCAUUACUCAAAGAUUCCCCACCACAAGAAUGGAUUUUUGAUGAGCAAAAGGGUUUAGCCGAUGUCGAUUUCAGAUUCAAGCAAAAGACUCCAGCUAGUAGAUUUACUAGCAAAAUCAGUGCUGUCAUGCAGACACCAUUGCCUCGAGAAUGGUUACUCAGUGGCCAUAGCAGACUUCGAAAGUUUGAUGGAGAAAAAAUAUCUGCUGGACUCGAUUGCUUAAGAGCUGACAACUUCCGUAUGCAAAUCUCUUCUCAAACUUUCCCAGGUGGUUGGGAUUCAAAAGAGAAGUGGUAUGGCACGGAAUACAAAUACGAGAAAAUUCCAGCGGAUUUCUUGGAAGAGAUCAAAAAGGCUGCUACAAGCAAGAAAGGAGAACGUUUCCCAGAAUUACAUUUACCUCAUGUAAAUCAGUUCAUUCCAACUAAACUCGAGGUUGAAAAGAAGGAAGUUAAAACACCCGCCAUCUCUCCCAAGUUGAUCAGAAAUGAUGACUCGGUAAGAACAUGGUUCAAGAAAGAUGAUACUUUCUGGGUCCCAAAAGCGAAUCUUUUCAUCCAGUGUAGAAAUCCUUUACCAAUGGCCACUGCAGAAAAUUCUCUCAAAGCAAGAAUGUAUACCGAUUUGGUUUAUGAUGCAUUGGAGGAAUACGCCUAUGAUGCUGAGCUUGCAGGACUCGAAUACUCUGUAUCAAGUCAUUCAAUGGGUUUGGAAAUUAGCGUUUCCGGAUACAAUGAUAAGCUCCCUGUUCUUUUGGAGAAGGUCUUGACUACUAUGAGAGAUCUUGAAGUCAAACAAGAACGAUUCGAUAUUAUCAAGGAGAGAUUGGCACGAGGUUUGAAGAACUGGGACUUUCAACAACCUUAUAACCAAGUUGGUGAUUAUAUGAGAUGGCUCAGUAGCGAGAAGGGCUACAUCAAUGAGCAAUAUCUAGCCGAAUUAGCACAUGUUACUGCGGACGACAUUCAACAAUUUUACCCCCAUCUAUUAAGACAGAUGCACAUUGAAACUUUUGUACAUGGAAACUUGUACAAGGAGGAUGCUUUGAAAUUGGCUGAUUUAACUGAAAGUAUUUUGAAGCCAAGAGUCUUGCCACAAACUCAAUGGCCAAUAGGUAGAUCUUUGGUCUUCCCACCUGGUGCCAAUUUCGUUUAUCACAAAACUUUGAAAGAUCCAGCCAAUGUCAAUCACUGUAUUGAAUACGUUCUAUCUAUUGGAGAUAAGGCUGUUCGUCCUCAACGAGCCAAGACUCUUCUCCUCGAUCAAAUGACUCAUGAACCAGCAUUUGAUCAAUUAAGAACAAAGGAGCAGUUGGGAUAUGUUGUAUUCAGUGGUUGUUCGACGACAACUACUACCAUCGCUUAUAGAUUUAUCAUCCAAAGUGAGAAAACCCCACAAUAUCUUGAAGAGCGAAUCGAUUCUUUCUUGGUUGGAUACUCAGAGAUCCUCAAGAACAUGUCAGAUUCCGAAUUUGAAGGACACAAGAGAAGUUUGAUUACCAAAAGAUUGGAGAAAUUGAAGAAUUUGGAUCAAGAAUCAAAUCGUUUAUGGUCUCAUAUUGAUUAUGAGUACUUUGACUUUGAGCUUGUCCAUCACGAUGCUGCCAAUGUCAAAGCACUCACCAAAGAAGAUAUGAUCCAAUUCUAUAAUCAAUUCAUCCUACCAUCCUCUCCACUUCGUUCUAAACUCUCCAUUCAUCUCAUUGCUCAAGGAACCUCUUUGCCAGAAGCAAAACCAGAGGAACAAACUGUUCUUGCGAUCAAUAAGGAUCGUAAAGAUGCUGAAGAUGGAGAAGCUAUUGCCGUCAAAGCUGAAGGCAAUGGUACUGUACCAUAUGUUAUCACGGAUGUACGACAAUUCAAGGGUAUGUUGCAAGUUACUGCUGGACCACAACCGGUCAAACAUAUCAGUGAGUUUGAGGAGUUGGAUGCAAAGUUAUAA